GAAACACACUCAUACAAACACAAACACAUACAUGCUCACGUGCACAUACAAACACUCACACCCAUACAAACAAACGCAAACACAUGUAUGAACACACAAACAAUUACGCAAAGAAUUGAAACUUAGGAAGAGGGAGAACCAUAGAGUUAGCGACAGACAAACUGAGAGAUAGACAGACAGAAAGAUAGACAGACAGAAAGAUAGACAGACAGAAAGAUAGAGAGUGUUUACUGGAGUAAAGGUAGCAGUUUCUCACAUCAGACACGAUCGUUUGUUGGCUGCUUUGCAGAUACAAAGAAAAAGUAUUAGAGGUUUAAAAAAAUUUGCUCGAAUUCCUGACGUUGUCUAAGACUGGAACCUGAACUAGAUUCUGCCUGUGUUCCUUUCGCCUUGUUGUGGUGCAAUGCUAACUAGGACGGACGUACUGAGAUAUUCAUCUACAGGAGAGGAUUCUCAUAUUUUCUUCAAUAGAAACUUUGCGAAGCCAUGGAAGUCCUGUUGGGAAGCGGCCUCCUACUUCUGUGUACCGGAGCGAGUGUGUGGGCGUGUGGCGAUCCCCUGAUGCUCACCCCGAUCCUGGAGGCCGGUGACGUGGACAAGGCACAGAACCUGAGCCGUGUGGUGAUGCCCGCCCUGUACAACGGCACCAGCCACGCCGGCUUCCUAACGGCCAACAAAACUUUGGGGAACCACCUGUUCUUCUGGUUUUUCCCGUCUAUGGAGCAAGAGGACGCGCCUUUACUCGUCUGGCUCAACGGCGGACCGGGAAUAUCCUCCAUGUUAGGUUUAUUUUGGGAAAAUGGCCCGGUGGAAGUCGAUAUGGACAUGGCGAGGGAAGGCUUUAUACAAUCAGAACCUCGCCAAUUUUCCUGGGUGGGGCCGUUCUCGAUGCUGUACAUUGACAACCCAGUACAAGUGGGGUUUAGCUACACUGAGAGCGGGGAUAUGGGGCUGAGGUUGAAUCAGGAAGGCUAUUCAGAAGAUCUCUACUCAGUUAUGCUGCAGUUUUACAGCCUGUUUCCCGACUAUCAUAAUAGAGAACUGUACAUCGGAGGCCAGUCGUAUGCCGGGAAAUACGUGCCUGCCUUGGCUCAUAAAAUCCACGUCGGGAAUAGAGAUGGUAACACCCACUUACCGUUGGCAGGGAUUUAUCUCGGAGGCCCUUACUUUGCUCCUGAGGAGGAGAACUUGGCAUUCUAUGAUUUCGCUUUCGCAAUGGGCUUUGUUAGCCAUGCGACUGUAGUGGAACGUAAACGAGACAUCGCAAAAGUCUACGAGAAGGUGCGAGAAGGGAAUAAUCCUGAAAAGGAAUCACUUGCAACGAUGAUGAGUCUAUUUUGGGUUCAUGUGGGUCUUCAAACAAAAGACAACUUCGUCACGCAGCAGCGUGCGGGCUACGGCUUGCUUUCCGACCUGAUGAAAAUACAAGAGGUCCGCAAAGCUUUGCACGUGGGGAAUCAGACGUAUAAUGCACAAUCAUACACCGUCUACGAAAAAUUUGGCGGGGAUUUGGUCGUGAGUACAAUACCGCAAAUGGCAGACCUAUUGGACCACUACAAAGUGCUGAUAUUCACUGGAGAUUACGACGUCAUCAUCAACUCGCCCAUGGUGGAAGCAGGACUCCAGGCCACUCCCUGGAGUCUGAGGGAAGAAUACCUGAACGCCACCAGGUCCAUCUGGAUGUCAAGCUCAUUGGACCUGUGCGGUUAUUUCUCCCUGACCGGUCAGUUUUGUCGGGUGGUUGUCCACGGUGCUGGACACCAGGUGCCACACGACCAGCCUCAAAGAGCUUUCCAGAUGAUAACUGACUUUGUACGACACGGCUGUAUACAGCCCGCCCACUAAUCAAGAAACAUAUUUUUUUCAGUUGCUCCUCUUGUUUUGAGUUUUGGAGAGGAUUAUUCAUUUGUUGGUUUAAUUGUGACUUCCAGUCCACUUUGCAGGUGGUUGGAGGGCGCCACUGGUUGGUCUUACAGUUUACUUCUUUAUUUUCACUCUAUUGUUUCUGUCUAUCUGCUUUACGUGUACCCAGUACCCAUUACUGAAUGACCAUUUGUGUGUCAAUGUGUUUCUCUUUACUAAAAAAAAAAAAAAAAAACCU